AUGACAGAUUCAUCACAGGCGGCAACAUCGCUGCUGACAGAACACUUGCAAUAUACUCCUUUAUCACUAAUUGACGACAUUAUCAACUCGGUCAACAACUUUGUAUACCAGGGCGUGGGCAGCCUGGAAACUGGCCUCUUGUCGACCCCUCCCGAAAAGCUCGGUUUCAAGCCUGUCAAGACAAUCUCAGACAAUGGCGCAGAAGACGUUGAAUAUCCCGAAGCAAAACAAGAGAUCGAGGAAGGCCUUCACAAACUCGAAACGCUACUGAACUCAACUGUGGACAAGAACUUUGACAGAUUUGAGAUAUAUGUGUUGAGGAACAUCCUGUCUGUACCUGCGGAACUGGUGAACUGGGUGCGCCUCGGCCACUACGAGGUUAGUAAAGGCCUGUCCUUCCCAGUCGAUGUUGACCUGGGGCUGACGAUGCAGAAUAUUUCUUAUCCGCAAGCUGAAAACGCCGCAACCGUGGAGAGUGUACAACAGGUGCGGCGCAAGUUGGCAGCAUCUCGAACAGUAUCCAAAACACUGCUGGCGGAACACAAUCGCAAUGAAGCACUCCUCGUUCAGUUGAGAAGACUCGUUGGCAAUGCGCAGGACGGAGCAAGCAACCUAUCUUUCCUCACCAAUAGCCCCGCGGCGCAGUCCCUACAAGUGACACAGAAUCCCGGUCAGCAAUCACUGACCACCCAUACGAACUUUGUCAUCUCCCAGCUACCUGCCCUCCGUUCUCUGCUUGCCGACCUCCGACCAAAACUAUCGGCACUCAAAGCUUCGAAUGCGGGACGAGGACUAGACAGUGCGAAAGAUGAGAACAGAGAAGAGCGGCGCACUUAUAUCGAACAACGUACACGAGCACAUCUCGAACGCAACGGGCUAAAGUCAGACGAGAAUUCGGCCCUCGUUGGAAGGCGGGUGGACGCUGAGGAAGUACAAGCCCUGGAGAGAGUUGCGUCCAUAUUCGAACAGACUUGA